AUGGCUCUCAAUUCCUUUGUAUUAACCAUUGCCAUAAUGGUUUUGGUGACUUCAAUGAGCUAUGAAUCAGAUGCUACUCCUUUGCAAGAUUUUUGUGUUGCUAUGAAUGAUCCCAAUUCUCAUGCUUUUGUGAAUGGGAGAUUUUACAUGAAUCCAGAGCAUGUCACUGCUGAUGACUUCUUUAGAUCAGGGCUAAACAUGCCUGGGAAUGCUUCAAAUCAACUUGGAGUUGCUGGAGUGCAAGCAAAUGUUAACACAUUACCAGGACUCAACACUCUGGGCAUUUCAUCAUCUCGUCUUGAUUAUGCGCCAUAUGCUCUAAACGCACCUCAUACUAACCCCCGAGCAAGUGAAAUUCUUGUCGUCGUUGAGGGCACACUCUACGUUGGAUUUAUCACUUCGACCUCUGGUCCAAAUAUGAAAAAUAAACUAUUUAGCAAGAUUCUACAUCCUGGAGAUGUGUUUGUAUUCCCAAUAGGCCUGAUUCAUUUUCAGUUUAAUGUGAGAAAGACUAACGCAGUUGCAAUUACUAGAUUCAACAGUCAAAAUGCGGGAUACAAUAUUAUUGCAAAUGCAUUAUUUGGCUCACACCCAUCGAUCAAUGAUGAUAUUCUUGCAAAAGCAUUCCAAGUCGACAAGAAAAUUGUGGAUUAUAUCCAGUCACAAUAUGAUCGAGUGGGACUACUACUAGAUAAUUAUGAUAAGCCAAAUAGUAAUUAA